AUGGUGACGGAUUUUUUUUAUCCACAACCUGGAGGAGUAGAAUUUCAUGUAUAUCAUCUUUCACAAAAAUUAAUUGAUUUAGGUCAUUCAGUUAUAAUAAUAACUCAUAAUUAUAAUGAAAGAAAUGGUAUAAGAUAUUUAACAAAUGGUUUGAAAAUUUAUUAUGUACCAUUUUGGGUAUUAUAUAGAUCAUCAAGUUUUCCAACUGUUUUUUCAGCUUUUUCUAUAUUAAGAAAUAUUUUUAUACGUGAACAAAUUGAUAUUAUACAUGGUCAUGGAUCAUUAAGUACUCUUGGUCAUGAAGCUAUAUUACACGGUAGAACAAUGGGUUUAAAAACUGUUUUUACCGAUCAUUCAUUAUUUGGAUUUGCUGAUUUUGGAUCAAUUUGGGGAAACAAAGUUUUAAAAUUUGCAAUAAGUGAUGUUGGACAUGUAAUAUGUGUAAGUCAUACAUGUAAAGAAAAUACUGUAUUAAGAGCAAGUCUUGAACCAUGGAAAGUAAGUGUUAUUCCAAAUGCUGUUAUACUGAAAGAUUUUCAACCAGAUUAUAAUAAAGUUAAAAAAAAUGAUGAAAUUACAAUUGUUGUUAUAACAAGAUUAUUUCCAAAUAAAGGAGCAGAUUUAUUAAAUGCUAUAAUCCCCAAAAUUUGUUUAGCUAAUUCAAAAGUAAAAUUUAUCAUAGCAGGUGAUGGACCAAAAUUUUUAGAUUUAGAACAAAUGAGAGAAAAAUAUUUUUUACAAGAAAGAGUUCAACUAAUAGGUGCAAUAAAACAUGAAGAAGUUAGAGAUGUUAUGGUUAAAGGAGAUAUUUAUUUACAUCCUUCAUUAACUGAAGCAUUUGGAACUGUUAUUGUUGAAGCAGCUUCAUGUGGAUUAUAUGUAGUAACUACAAAAGUUGGAGGUAUUCCUGAAGUUUUACCUUCUAAUAUGACAAGUUUUGCAGAACCAGAAGAAAAUUCAUUAAUUGAAACUACUUUAUUAGCUAUAAAUAAAUUAACUACAGGUGAAAUAGAUACUACUCAAUAUCAUGAAAAAAUUGCUAAAAUAUUUGGAUGA